AUGCAUAAAUACACCUUGAUCGGUCUCCUACCCAUUGUUCUGGGUUGCUCAAACCCGGAUACCAACGCCUGUGCAAGUUACAUCAGCGGACAUGUCUCUGUCUGUUCGACGUACUUGAACAGCGUUGUUACAGCGACCACAAGUUUGCCAACCUGGGCAAGCAAUUGUUCGAACAAGCCAUCUGCCAUCUCCAAGGAGUGUAGCUGUUACACUACUGGGGGCUCGGGUGCGACAACGACGGCAUCCACGACAACGACAGCAGCAACGACAAUCAAGACUUCCACCACCACCACAGCCGGGAGCGGCUCCACGCCGACUGGCUUGACUACCAAGUUACCAUCAUCUUCGGGCGCCGUGUCUACAUCCGUGGCCAUCACUGUCAGCAGCAGCUUCGACGGUGGCAUGAAGAAAUAUGAUCGCUACCCAGUCGUCUGUGAUGGGCAGACCGAAACUGGAGAAGCUGACGCCAUUUUUGUCCUCAAGGACGGAGCGACUUUGUCAAACGUCAUCAUUGGGGCCGGUCAAGCCGAGGGCGUUCACUGUCAGGGCACCUGCACCAUCAACAACGUCUGGUGGCAAGACGUUUGUGAGGAUGCCAUCACCUUCAAGCAGUCCAGCGGCACUUCCAACAUUAACGGCGGUGGUGCUUUCGCAGCUUCUGACAAAAUUGUCCAGUUUAAUGGUUUCGGAACUGUGUCUAUCAAGAACUUCUACGCUGAAGACUAUGGAAAGCUAUCACGGUCCUGUGGAAACUGCGACAACAAUGGCGGAGCUCGCCAUAUCGUCAUCGACAAUGUCAUCGCGGUCGACGGUGGCGUUCUUUGUGGCAUCAACGGCAACUAUGGCGAUUCUUGCACGAUUUCGAACAGCUGCCAAGAUGACGGCAAGAGUUGUGACAACUACGAAGGCAACAACGACGGUGAUGAGCCAACCAAGGUCUCCUCCGGUAAUGAUGGUACUUACUGCAUUGUCAAAAGCCUGAGUACCAACUGUUAG